AUGGAUAACCAGAGACAACAACAAUAUAUACCUGGGCCUCCCCCGCCCCCGGGACAAGGCACUCUAGGCCAUCUUCCACCGCCUCCUCCGCGACCGUAUCUUCAAUCGAAUCUUCCUCCCCCUCCACCGGGACCACAUCCCUCCGCCCUACCCCUUGGGACAGUUUUCGGGCUGCCAGGCGCAGGAUGGCAGCAGCCAUGGGGAAGAUCAGGCUUGGGCCAGAAUAUACCACCUCCUCCGCCAACAAAUCAUACCCAGGGACAGGGACAACACCUAUCCUACGGUAUGCGACAGCUGAAUAUUCCGCCGCCGCCUCCGCAGAAUGACAAGCCCAUCCUGUCCGCCACAUUUAUUCCCACUGGGGAUUCGUUUGGGCCCGGCGUCGGCAUUCCACCCCUCGACGAUUACUCUUCAUACUCGCGAUAUGAUGCCCAAUUCACUUCCGAGCCUUCAUUGUCUCACUCAGAUCAGAAAUAUUCUGACACUUCCACUAAUUCACAUAGCUACUCAUAUCCCAAUCCGAUACAUCCGAAUCCGGAUAUUGCCAAUAGAGAAAAUCGGGCAGCCUCCGCUUCUUCAAAUAGGGCCGCUUUCACUUUACCCCUUCGCGAGAUCAACGAACCCAUCUCUCCAGGACCCCCAACCGCAACCUUGGUCAAUCAGCAAUCAAGCACCGACCAGGGUCGACAGCGAGCGCACAGUGCUGCCGUCACGGGAAGCAACUCGGCCGAGUUGUCUUCACAGUGGCCCUUGGAUCGUGUCCUUGCUUGGCUGGCUGCGAAUGGAUUCUCAAAUGAUUGGCAGGAGACCUUUAGGUUGUUGAAGCUGCAAGGCUCCGACUUUCUCGACCUUGGCCGGGGACCAAAUGGCCGUGGGAAUUUAGGCAUGAUGCAUCAGACCAUUUACCCACAGCUCGCAAAGGUCUGUUCGAGCGGCAAUACUGGUUGGGACCAGGCUCGCGAGCGGGAAGAGGGCAAGAGAUUACGGAAGCUAAUCUCUCGCCUCGUCGAACAGGGAGGUGAGGGUCCAGCCAGCGCAGGCACUGGUCAUCGGAGGCGAGAGUCUGGUAUGAUUCCGAGUGCGUCAACGGAGGGAAAUCUGGAAACUUCGCCUCAUCUUCCCCGAUCUGAAUUUGGUAGCGCGCCUGGAACGGCUGGUCCAGAAGGAAGCCCUGGCAAGCAGAUGCCUCCGCAAUUCCCGACAGGAUUAGGGCCUCGAAAUUCACAGGGUCGAAGUAGUACCAUGCCUGUUCUCAGCAAACAUAGUAGCGCUUCCUCAACCCCAAGCGACCCACGGCCAGCAGACAAUUUUCCAGGCGCCGGGCGCACAGAUUACACAAGGGGCGUUCUGACCAGCAUGAACAGUCGAUGA